GGCCCGAGCCUCGGCGGCGGCGAAGACGGCGGCAGCGGCGGCGCUGACACCUCCCGCCAUGGACAGCUUCGACUUAGCCCUGCUCCAGGAAUGGGACCUCGAGUCGCUGUGGGGUGAAGACAUCUUAAGCCAGAGGAGUGAUUCUCUAGUUGUGGAAUUUCAGUCAUCAGCCAGCAGAUGCAGGAGUGUCUAUGAACCAGAUAGGAAUGCAUUACGGAGAAAAGAACGAGAAAGAAGAAAUCAGGAAACACAACAAGAUGGUGGCACGUUUAAUUCCAGUUACUCUCUCUUCAGUGAGCCUUACAAGACCAACAAGGGGGAUGAGCUCUCCAGCCGGAUCCAGAAUACUUUAGGCAAUUAUGAUGAAAUGAAAGACUUUUUAACCGAUAGAUCCAACCAGAGUCAUCUUGUUGGCGUCCCCAAACCAGGGGUUCCUCAAGCUCCUGUGAACAAGGUUGAGGAACAUUUUGUUGCAGAUUCAAGAGCCCAGACCCAGCCCUCAUCUGUCUGCAGCACUGCAUCUUCCACAUCUGCAGCUGUCCCUGUGCAGCAGAGUAAGAGAGGCACCAUGAGCUGGCAGAAGGCUGGACAUCCACCUUCUGAGGGCCAACAGAGGGCAGCACAACAGGGCUCUCUCAGGACCUUGCUUGGAGAUGGUGUUGGCAGACAGCAGACACGGGCCAAACAAGUGUGCAAUGUGGAGGCAGGGCUUCAAACCCAGGAAAGGCCACCAGUGAUGUCAGGGAAACACAGCAGCAGUGGACACUGUGUCCAGAACUUUCCUCCAUCCUUGGCUUCAAAGCCCAGCCUGGUCCAGCAGAAGCCAACUGCAUAUGUGCGGCCGAUGGAUGGCCAAGAUCAGGCUCCUGAUGAGUCUCCUAAGCUUAAGUCAUCCACAGAAACUGGUGUGCACUGCACAUCCUUCAGAGGGGUCCCAUCCAACAAGCCAGAGUCAGCCAGAGCCAAGACCAAACUUGCCAAGUUCGGUAUCCCCAAGCAAGGAGAGGAGAGUAGAUCUGGAGAAAGCAACAGCUGUGUUGAAGAAAUAAUUCGGGAGAUGACCUGGCUUCCUCCACUUUCUUCUAUUCAAGCUCCUGGCAAAAUAGAACCAAACAAAUUUCCAUUUCCAAACAAGGACUGUCAGCUUGUAUCCUCUGGACACAAUAAUCCAAAGAAAGGUGAUGCGGAGCCAGAGAGUCCAGACAAUGGCACAUCGAAUACAUCAAUGCUAGAAGAUGACCUUAAGCUAAGUAGUGAUGAAGAAGAAAAUGAACAGCAGGCAGCCCAGAGAACAGCUCUCCGUGUUCUAUCUGACAGCACCGUGGUCCAGCAGACCAACUGCAGAGGUUCCGUGCCAUCCAGCAAGGGCAGCAGCAGCAGCAGCAGCAGCAGCAGCAGCAGCUCUUCUAGUGACUCCGAGAGCAGCUCAGGAUCGGACUCCGAGACGGAGAGCAGCUCCAGCGAGAGCGAGGGCACCAAGCCUCCCCACUACUCCAGCCCUGAGGCCGAACCAGCAUCUUCCAACAAGUGGCAGCUGGAUAAAUGGCUCAACAAAGUUAAUCCCCACAAGCCUCCUAUUCUAAUCCAAAACGAGAGCCACGGGCCAGAGAGGAAUCAAUACUACACCCCAGUGAAAGAUGACGUGCAGGAUUGCGGGAAAGUUCCCGACGUGGGCCAGGCCAGCCUCAGAGAAAAGGAGAUCAAGAGUGCCUGCAAGGAGGAGCAGAGGCCCCGAACCGCGAACAAGGCCCCGGGCAGCAAGGGGGUGAAGCAGAAGUCCCCACCAGCGGCUCUGCCUGUGGCCUUGAGCGCAGCCGCCCCACCGCCCACGGUUCCAGGCGCACCCGCCGAGAGCGCAUCCGCGCCCACUCGGAGGUCGGCGGGCAAGAAGCCCACCCGGCGCACGGAGAGGACCUCGGCUGGGGACAGCACCAACUGCCACCGGCCCGAGGAGCCCGUGGCCCCCGACGCGCUGGGGGCAAGUGUGGUGGGACCCCCAGAGCCCACCAAAACCAGACCCUGCGGCAACAGCAGGACUGGCCACCGCAAGGAGCUGCGCUCCUCAGUCACCUGCGAGAAGAGGCGCACGCGGGGACUGAGCAGGAUCGUGCCCAAAUCCAAGGAGUUUAUUGAGACUGAGUCGUCCUCUUCAUCGUCCUCCUCGGACUCUGACCUAGAGUCGGAGCAGGAGGAAUAUGCUCUGUCCAAAGCCCAUGCCUCUGUAGGGAGCGAGCAGAGGCCGAAGGAGGUGGCCAACAGCGUUAGCAGUAGUUGUCCCCGGGCCCCUGUAGGCUCCAUCAACGCCAGGACCACCAGUGACAUCGCCAAGGAGCUGGAGGAACAAUUCUACACGCUGGUCCCUUUUGGCCGGAAUGAACUUCUCUCCCCACUAAAGGACAGCGAUGAGGUCAGGUCUCUCUGGGUCAAAAUUGACCUGACCCUCCUGUCCAGAAUUCCGGAACACCUGCCCCAGGAGCUGGGGAUCUUGAGCGCUCCCACAGCCAAGGACACUGAGACUGCCCCAGGCAGCCACACAUUGGACGCACCCACUGAAAAGACUUUGCCAAAAUCCAAGAGGAAACGCAAGUGUGAUAAUGAAGAUGACUACAGGGAAAUGAAGAAGGCCCAGGGAGAGAAAGAGAGCUCCUCACGACUGGCUGCCUCCACCAGUAGCACCUUGUCUGGAAACCACUGCAGCGUGAAUAUCAACAGCUUGGCAAUACCAGUAAAUAAAAAUGAAAAAAUACUCCGAUCACCCCUUUCCCCCCUCUCUGAUGCAUCUAAACACAAAUACUCGAGUGAGGACUUAACUUCUUCCAGCAGACCUCAUGGCAACGGUGUAUUCACCUCUUCCAACAAGAAGACGAAGGUCGACAGCCAGCUGCAGUCUCAUGCGGGAGACCUCACGAAACCAACUCACAACAGUUCUGAAAAUGGUAUCCCCCCCAGCAAGUCACGGCCACAAACCGAGCCAUGGUCUCCAGGCUCCAGUGGCCACAGAGACUGCAAAAGGCAGAAGCUGAUCUUUGAUGACAUGCCUCGCAGUGCCGAUUACUUUAUGCAGGAAGCUAAACGGAUGAAGCAUAAAGCAGAUGCAAUGGUGGAAAAGUUUGGGAAGGCCUUGAAUUAUGCUGAAGCAGCCUUGUCAUUUAUCGAGUGUGGGAACGCCAUGGAACAAGGCCCAAUGGAAUCCAAAUCUCCUUACACCAUGUACUCGGAGACAGUGGAUCUCAUCAGGUAUGCUAUGAGAUUAAAAACCCACUCAGGCCCUAACGCCACACCAGAGGACAAACAGCUUGCCGCAUUAUGUUACAGAUGCCUGGCUCUCCUAUACUGGCGGAUGUUUCGGCUCAAAAGGGACCAUGCUGUAAAGUAUUCAAAAGCACUCAUUGACUAUUUCAAGAAUUCAUCAAAAUCUGCCCAAGCCCCAUCCCCAUGGGGGACCAGUGGAAAGAGCACUGGAACCCCAUCCCCCAUGUCUCCCAACCCCUCUCCCACCAGCUCCGUGGGAUCUCAGGGGAGCCUCUCCAGCACCAACACCCUGUCCCCGUCAACCAUCGUCAGCAUCCCCCAGCGCAUUCACCAAAUGGCGGCCAAUCAUGUGAGCAUCACCAAUAGCAUCCUCCACAGCUAUGACUACUGGGAGAUGGCGGACAACCUAGCCAAGGAAAACAGAGAGUUCUUCAAUGACCUGGAUUUGCUCAUGGGGCCUGUCACCCUGCACAGCAGCAUGGAGCACCUGGUCCAGUACUCCCAGCAGGGCCUACACUGGCUGCGGAACAGCGCUCACCUGUCCUAGGGACCGUGCCCUUGAGCCAGACUGCUGGCCUCUCCUCAACGGCUCAAUGUUUUUGGACACUGUGCUACUGAAAUUCCCAGCCACAGCAUUUCUCAGUCUGUGAUGACAACAUUUCCUGUGAUGGCAACAGCCUUUUCCAGGGUGUGUGUAUUUAUAUGUGGGUGUGUGCUAAGAAGCUGCCUGUGUAUAUAUGUAAGAUACACAGCUCUUCAGAAUACAUUUUCUUUGUCUAGUUUCCAUAAUCUCAGGCUAGACAAGUGAUAAGAGAUUCCUGAUUGGAGGAAAUCUACACAUCACACAUGUGCACACACAUUCACAAAAAUGUACUUUCUACUCCAAUGCUAAACCAUUGACUUCUUAGAAAGUUCAACCAAAAUCUCAUGGGUUAAUUAACCAGGUGCAAUACAGCACACCAAAAACUUAACUGGCAGUUAAGUUGAACUUAGCUCUUAUAUUAUUGAUUACUUUCAGUAUUAAUAUACUCUUCCCCAAUUAUUUUUGGUUGUAUAUUAAUGGUUAAUUGAAUAAUUUGAAUAAUGAAAAAGUCAGUUAUUUUUGUGCCAGAAGUUUACUAGAUUGCAUGUUACCAAAUACCUUGCCCUUUCUAUAAUACCUUCCCCCAUCCAACAUUAUUAUCAACUAAAUACAUUAUGAGCCAACAGACUGAUUCCCACAAACCUUCCCAGCACCACACCCAAAUAGUAUGAAAAUGGCACCAAGAUUUGGUGAAGCUCGGUCUUUGAACUGAACACCCUUGAAAGCAGCAGUGCCUAGAGCUCAGUUUCAAAUUCACAUCUGCACCUGUGACAACAAGCCCUCCAGGCACAUGCAUUUCUCUUUCUGCCACUGUGACUAUGUGGCCCUAGAGCCAUGUGGCUUUUGUCAGCCAAACAUAUUUCAAGUCUUCUUUCCACAAUAGCUUUCUUAUAAUUCUUCUUGGCCAAAUGAGGACAUGACCUAGAAUGUCCCAUCGCUAGUUGUCUAUCUAUUGCUUAUUGGACUGAGAGCCAUUUGCUGUCACAAUGCAUGGACUGUGCCAUCACAGGACUUUGAUGCAUUUUGAUUUGGGUAUUUUUUGGCUUUCAUUGGCAAGCUGCUUACAGUGUAAGGGAAGUUACUCCUGCAAUGACUGCCAUUCUGUUUGCCAUAGUGAUGAGCAAAGCACCUUGCUUCUGUCUUGUGCCAGUGUGUUUACGUUUUGCCCAUGGUUCUUUUUUCAAAUUAAGUUUACAUUUUAGUUUCUCAGCAUUUUGUUUACAGUUUUGUCUGAAGUUAUUUGUUUGUAUUGUUUUGUCAUACCCUAGAUUUAGUCUUCUUAUUAAACAUAUGUGGAUAUGAAAUACUAGUAAAGAGAAAAUAACUCCUGGGGGGAAAAAGAUAUAUCUUGCCACACUUUAAAAACAAAACUAAUAUCCUUGAGUUACUUGAUAGAAUCAUAGCAGGUUGAUGUCAAACAAACAGGUAACACAAUCUAUGAGCAAUCCAUUGUUCAAGGUGGUGGCACAGAGUGUGUAUCACAAUACUGAGAUAUGUUUUUGCUAUAUCCCUGUAGGUUUGCUUACACUUAUGCUAACAAUUUUGUCAGCCUGAUCAGGAGGUAGGAAAUAAGACUGCUACAGUUCCCUAGCUCAAAGUACUUAUUCAAAAUCUACUCAUGGUUAAAGAACUUUGGUGAUUAGCAAUUAGUUAACAAUGAGCAACUGAAUGGCUGUGGAAUUAUCUUGCUUUGAUCUUCAAAUCCUUGCAGAUAGUAGCAGUACUAUUUGAGCAUCCCUUAUCUCGAAUGCUUGGGACUGAAAGUGUUUUGGAUUUUAAAUUUUUCAAAUUUUGGAGUAUUCAUGUACUGUUAAUUGGAAAUAUCAGGGUGAGAGGACUCAAGUCUAGUCAUGAAAUUGAUUUAUGCUUCAUGUAUAUUUUAUACAUAUAGCCUGAAGGCAAUUUCAUACAAUAUUUUUAGUAUACCUGUAUUAUAAUUGCAAUUCUUCUUCCCAUGAGGUCAAGUGUGGGAUUUACCACUAUGUCAUAUCAGUGCUCAAAAAGUUUUAGAGAAUUGGGUGCGGUGGCACAUGACUUUAAUCCCAGCACUUUGGAAGCAGAGGUAGGAGAACUGUCAUGAGUUCAAGGCCACCCUGAGACUACAUGGUGAAUUCCAGGUUAGCCUGGGCUAGAGUGAGACCCUACCUCAAAAAAAAAAAAAAAAAGUUCAAAUUUUUGAAACAGUUUGGAUUUUGGAUUUUUGUAUCAAGGAUACUUAAUCUCUAUUUCCAUUUUAUAUUUAUCCAAAUGAAGUGCUUCUCACAUCUCUUCCAGUAAUUGUUAGAAGCAUUCAUGACUCCAUCCUACCCUGGAUAUUUUAAUCUCAAGUUUAAAAUUUUUAAAUCAUGUUUUUCUGCAGGACUCAAACUUCGUCUUCCUUACUCCUAAUAGAUUCUGGUGAAAAGUUCAAACUUUCACAUGAAAGGAUGGCCCUUGAAGUGCAUCAUGCUUUUCUGGUCUUGCCUAUCCUUAACGUUGCAGGCUUAAUUGUGACACUGAUAUGAUCUGCUUCCUUGGGAAGUUCUGUUGAAUCACAAAGGUGUCCUCUGGCUUGUUGUGCCAGAGCCUGUUUGAUCAGCACACAGAUAUCCUGUGUUUCUUAGCAAAGCUUACAGAAACUGUUUUUUGGGGGGACCAGCAGGAGCAUGUAGAUCCUAGCCAUGUCUCUCAUUUCAUCUGUGGAACAUGUGUUCAGGUCAACAUAAAUGAUUUUUGGCAAAAACCAUCUUUUGAUUGUUGUUGUGCAAGUCAUUCAUAACAUAUUCCUUUUUUCUAGUUGUGCUCCAAGUUGAAGCACAGGAAAUUGUAAAAGUCAUAUCUGGAAUUAUAAAAAUUCAAACAAUGCAAAAAUGCAGAAAGUGUAAGUCUGUGCUUUCCUCAACCCCCUGAGAUAGCAACAGCUCAGUUAGUUAUGCAUCCUUCCAGAAAUGUUUUAAUUUAAACAUACAAUGUUUAUUACCACCUGUUUCUAUUUAAGAACAUAUUUUUUCCUCAGAUUCAACCCAAGUUCAACUGACUUUAUCUGCUGUGACUGGAACUGAUGCCAUUCUUUUUCACAAGGUUAAGUUUGUCUUUGAAAGAAAAUAGUGUAAGUGUGUCCUCAUCAAGCUUUGGCAUUAGUUACCACUCUGCACAUACCAAACUCAUGUGCAGAAUUGUGCCUGGAAAGAGAGGGUUGGUUAAAACAGAUACUUCUAGAAACUUACAAAUUGCAGAUGGAAACCUAGACCCACUAUCUAAAGAGGAAAAGACUGGAAAAAUAAUUUGAAGAAUUGACAAAUUGUGUACUAGAUGGAACACAUGGACUGCAAUGCAAUGAGUCUUUAUGCACUAGAACUUAUCCUAAUAUGUACAACCAUGGUGCGUGUGUUAUAUAACAGUGAUGUGUAAUUCGACACCUCAUGCAUAAUAUACACAGUUUGUAUAAAUGCAUACACUUAAAAAUAUAUAUGUACAAUUGAGCUAACAUAAAACUGUAGGACGCCUGACAGAUAUUACUAGUGCCUAAUCUUGAGUACAAGUCACUAUGUGUUCAUAUCACCUUGGAAGUGCAGUCAUUGUUAUAAAGUCAAUGCAGCAGCAUUACCUAUGAACCAUAUCUUUGAAACUGUGCAGUAGUAUAUGCAUAUAUAUUUUUAAAUAACAUUUUUCACAGUUUUCCAGAGUUGCUGUUGAAAUCUGUAUCACCAAAAAGAAAAUGAAAAUCAAGAUUUUUUAAUGAUGUAGACACUCUUCAGACACAGUAAACUGCGUGUGAUUUCCUGUUUGUAGAUACCCAAGAGACUUCAGCCGUCACCAGCCUUAAUGCAUGUACAGGAUAUUAUUGUGACUUAAUUUAUCUGCAGUUUUUAAUCCAUACAAAUUGGAAUUUAUAAACAGACUUGGAUUAAAUAUGUCUGCCUUUCUAAGGUUGCAAAUGAUACAUUAAAUGAUUUAUGUUGUACCUGA